AUCGCGGCUGGAGGAAGAGAGACUGAAUUAGAGACCAGGAAGUGUUGACACGGUGUACCUCUGUUGGUCAUUCGAAGAAACGGUUACAAACAUUUUAACUCCAAAGGAUAGUGUAAUUGUUUUUUCGUGGAGUAAUUAACAGCAGACUGUGAAAUCAUGGGGGUGGGUGAUCCAAAUAGCACGGAGCCGAGAGAAGGAGAGUCUUCACAGGAGGCGGAUCCAGUUAAAUCUCUGCAGUCUCAAGUGGAUGGAGUCAAGGAGAUUAUGACCCAGAAUGUCGAUCGGAUCCUGGCCCGUGGAGAAAGACUGGAUGAUCUGAUGGGCAAAUCUGAAGACCUGGAAGCUGGGGCCCAGAACUUCAAGCACACCUCUCAGAAGGUCGCUCGUGCUUACUGGUGGAAGAACGUGAAGCUGAUUGUGCUUAUUGUUGUGAUAGUCCUUGUCAUUGUACUGAUUAUCAUAUUCCUUGCCACUGGUGUGAUCCCAACCAGUUCACCCGCACCCAAACCUCCCACCGUCACACCACCCUAGGAUUUCUAUCAGUUACAAACACACACACACACACAUAUACAGAUAUAUGCAACCAUGUCCACACCCCAACAGUCAAAAUUACAAGAAUUCACACAUAUAACACACACACACAUACUCUUUAUUUGCACAUUUUGCUCAUAUACCGUCAUAUCUCAUGGUAUCACACCUCCUUACUAUGAGGAGCUUCCAUAAUGACAGCUUUGAAACCUUGAAGAGGAGGAUUUUAAGUAGUCUAUAGACAUAAUGCUGUCUAUUUUCUUAUAUACUUCUCACUUCCUAAAGCUGUUUUUAUGAUUCUCUAAAGCCUGAUAACAUGCCCCAACUGUAAUAGAUUACUUAAAUUACUGCAAUAUACUGAAGGUACGCUUAAUAUAAUCAUAUACUGGCAUUGAAUCAGAGAAGGUAAUGGGUGAAAGUUCUCUCUACUGAAUUAUGAAGUAUAUUUAAGACUGUUAGAUUAGAUUACAGUUACUUGUUAGAAGAUGUUACUUGUUAUUAUGGUUUACUUUUAUUAGAUCUCCAAGUGUCUCUAUUUUGUACUCUGUGCUUUUGUUGUCUCCACAAGUAUGUGUGUCAUUUGUAAAAGGUCAAACCAUAAUGUGUUCUUAAAACUUGCAUUAUCCAAAACACACCCUUUCAGGAAAUUGUAAGAUGUUUGGAUUUUUGUCUUUCUCCUUGUCUUAAAUCUUUACUGAAAUUGGCAAUGCCUUAAGCUUCCAAACAGAGAAACCAAUUUUCUUCUUAUAGAAUGAAUGAAAUAUUACGAAACGAGAGCACCUGAACAAGGCCAUUUAGAUUGACAGUAGAAAACACCCACUUUUUCUAUCCUCUUCAUAAAUCACUGCAUUGAAUUUGACAUGCAGUGUAACACUUGCACUGUACCACAUGCAGUCAGUACUGUAAUAAUUAAUAUUGCAUCAAAAUAUUUGCCUUGCUCUGUGGGAGCUUUCCGAAACCCAAGAAACAUAACUUUUUACUAUAUAGAAAACAGAGCAAUGAGGAAUGUUUUAAAAGCUGUGCUGUUAUUUUAAGUUUGCCAUUUUUAUUUAAAAAAAAAAAAGAAGCUAACACAGUCAAUGAAAAUCACUUCUCUGAACGUGUUUGUUGGCUGGUCUUAUAUUAGUCUGCUGGGUAGCUUUAUGCACUUUGCUUUGGAGGGGUCAAGGUGUUGUAUGUCUGUAUGUAGUCAGAAUGACUUGACUGGUUGAAUGUUUGUGAAGUCUUAUUAUGCUGUAUCUCUUGUAGCUUACUGUAUUUAAAAUUGUAAUAUUCUCCCUUUUAAUCAGAGAAAAUAUUUUUAAACGUUUAAACUUUUUAAUCAAAACAUUUAAUCAAUUUAAGUUUUUGUAAUCUACAAAUAAUCAUUUUAAAACCUCGAUCAAGUGCCUUGGAUAUGAGUCUUAUUAGCUUAAACAGCCUGGAAAUGCAAUAUUUUGUAAAUAAACAUGAUCUCUCAAUAAAACUAAUGAUGAUUAUGA